CACUGGUGCGGAAGCAGAGGAGCGCUGGGUGAUACGGUUGCUAUAAAUCUGUGUGAUCCAGUCCACCUCCCUUUUAAGACGUCCUCCCCCUUUAUUUCUGUUCUCACUUAGAGAUGCAGCAUUUUACUUCUGUAGCGAGCUACUAAAAAGAAACAAGGAGACAGAGAGAAAGAGACCGUCUUUGUAACGCGUCCUUUCAUCCCUUCUUUUCUUUGUUCCUUCCUUUAUUUCUCUCCCCUCCCCCUUUUUUUGUUGAGUUGUGUUGCAAUAGGAGGCUAGCCUUGUCACAUUCCUUGUUUUAAGUUUUCCUUUCCCUUUUAAUUUUCCUGAUUUUUUUUUAAGUGUUGGACUAUUGGGAGGGAAAGCAUUUUCAUUUGAUUUGCUUCUGUUUAAAACUGUCCACAGUUUAGAUUUUGUGUGUUGUCUUGCGAACUAUCCAUCUGCUUCUUACUCCUUUGUAUUGGGAGAACUUCAACGUUACUUUUUUUUUUUAAGCUGAAGAGAGAAAGCAUUAAAUUUCACAUGCACCAGUCCAGUUUCAAGGCAGAGCAAGAUCUGGGGAUUUACUUGCUUUUUUAGAUCUACCAUUCCUCUCCAAUCUUGAAUCAACAAACAUAACUAGUUAAAGACGGCAACUCCAAACUAACAUGGCAGUCAGACUGUGUGAUGUGGCUUCUCUGCUUAGAAGUGGUUCGUGGGCAGCAGAGCCUUGGACUGGGCAGGUAAUUGCUGCCAUGGAAACACAACUGUCUAAUGGACCAACUUGCAAUAACACAGCCAAUGGUCCAACCACCAUAAACAACAACUGCUCAUCGCCAGUUGACUCUGGGAACACAGAGGACAGCAAGACCAAUUUAAUAGUCAACUACCUUCCUCAAAACAUGACACAAGAAGAGCUGAAGAGUCUGUUUGGAAGCAUUGGGGAGAUAGAGUCCUGCAAGCUUGUAAGAGACAAAAUAACAGGACAGAGCUUGGGUUAUGGCUUUGUGAACUACAUUGACCCCAAGGAUGCUGAAAAGGCUAUCAACACGCUGAAUGGAUUAAGACUUCAAACCAAAACAAUAAAAGUUUCCUAUGCGCGACCAAGUUCAGCUUCUAUCAGAGAUGCAAAUUUGUACGUCAGUGGACUUCCAAAAACAAUGACCCAGAAGGAACUGGAGCAGCUCUUUUCUCAAUAUGGACGCAUUAUUACUUCUCGUAUUCUAGUUGACCAAGUCACUGGGGUAUCAAGAGGUGUAGGAUUCAUCCGAUUUGACAAGCGGAUUGAGGCAGAAGAAGCUAUCAAAGGUUUGAAUGGGCAGAAGCCUCCAGGUGCCACAGAGCCAAUCACCGUAAAGUUUGCUAACAAUCCAAGCCAAAAAACCAAUCAGGCCAUCCUUUCCCAGCUGUAUCAGUCUCCAAACAGAAGGUAUCCAGGACCUCUAGCUCAGCAGGCUCAACGCUUUAGGUUGGACAAUCUGCUCAAUAUGGCUUAUGGAGUAAAGAGUAGGUUUUCACCAAUGACCAUUGAUGGAAUGACCAGUUUGGCCGGAAUUAAUAUCCCUGGACAUGCAGGAACAGGAUGGUGCAUUUUUGUGUACAAUUUGGCACCUGAUGCAGACGAGAGCAUUUUGUGGCAAAUGUUUGGACCCUUCGGAGCAGUAACCAACGUGAAGGUCAUCCGUGACUUUAACACAAACAAGUGCAAAGGUUUUGGAUUUGUGACUAUGACCAACUACGAUGAGGCAGCCAUGGCAAUAGCCAGCCUGAAUGGAUACCGUCUUGGGGACAGAGUCUUGCAGGUCUCCUUUAAAACAAACAAAACGCACAAAGCCUAAUGAGUUCUCCUCAAUCCAUUUAUAGAUGAAAACUAUACAACAAAGGCAAGUUCAGAGAAACUUUAUACAUUAGUCAAUGUCUUUGUAAGUCAGUGUUGAAAUGGG